GAAUCAGGGGUCGAGGCGGGCUAGACUAGAGAAGUGACGUCAAGGAUCUUGGGGGCUGAGUAUGCCUACUUACACCGAUAGCAGCCCCCAAACAAGGUCCCUAAAGAAAAAAGAGGACUCCAAUCUUCAUCAUCACAUACAUCACUUACAACUAUACCCACAUUACUCAGCUCCAGUUUACCUAAUUCCGGAGACAGCAUCUUUUUGGUUACUUGUUACUAUUAUUGUUAAUUAAUAUCAUCGUAUCUACUUAGAAGCGUUUUUUGCACGCAGAAUGGAAUUUCCUAAUAACCAAACCUCACGGUCGUUUGUGUGUUCCUAAGUAAUUAAUUCAUCGACCGUUUGCUACUACUUACAACCCCACAUACGCGUGUGCUCUACAACAUUCACUUUUACCAAACCACCAACCUACGAAUAGUAUUAUUAGAGGACACAUAUUACGGAAUAAUCAGAAAAGAAGGGAUUUACAAUGAAAAACGCCCACGAGGCUUUCAAAGCCUUAGGUUCUGUCAAUUGGGAGGAUGUAGCACAGGACCAACUCGACACCCUCCUUAAAGAUGUCUUCAGCGACGCUCAAUGCAUAGUCGACUCUAUACCCAUAUCCGCGUCCUCUUCCCAGAAAGCUGGCAAGUUACGCUCGGCGACCGAUGUAAAUCUUCCUUCGUUACCGAAUAGAACGGGUAUAUCCGACCGAGCGGCGCAUCUGAGGAAAGAAUGGAAGGAAAUCAAGCUUAACCCUCGUGACAACCCAUUGGGGUUGGAUAUCUAUAGAUUGGGGGCUAAAGAUGGGAAGGGGGCUUGGUUUGCGAGACGGAGUGUCCAUGAGGGCUUGACGUUUGAGAAAUGGAAGCUGGGUAUGGAGAAGGAGCUUGAUGAGAGCAUGAAAGUCCAGGGGAAACCUGGUGAUGGGAGUAUUAGGGGUAUCGGUGCCGACAAGAAGGUUGUGAACCAGACUGUUGAGGGCACCGGUAGGUUGCAAGUCUACCAGCUAUCAGCACAAUUCCCAGGACCAGUAGCACCUCGAGACUUCAUCGCUCUGGUACUAAGCUCCGAGUCGGCGAUCGAUGCUCCUGGCGCGCCCAGACACUUCAUGCUUAUAUCAAAGCCAUGUGUUCAUCCAGAAUGUCCGCCACGACAAGGCUACGUCCGGGGUCAGUACGAAUCCGUCGAGCUUAUCCGCGAGAUUAAAGUCGAGAAGCCCUUACGGAAAACCCGAUCGUCAGUAGACCUAACCAACGAAGAAGCCGCAGCAUCAGUGCGAAGUUCCGCCCAGAAUAUUAGUAGGGAAGCUACUAUUCGCUCAGCUCGGCAAGCAACUGACGCCGCAUUGCCGACAAAAGACGAAGACGGAAGAAAACGAGGCAGAACUAUUGGCGCUAUGGAUGCCAUAGACGAACAAGAUGAUGAGGACUACGAGACGAUGGUUGAGUGGCUAAUGGUUACGCGAAGUGACCCUGGUGGUAGUGUGCCACGGUUCUUGGUGGAGAAGGGCACGCCUCCUGGUAUUGCUGGUGACGCUGAGAAGUUUCUCAAGUGGAUCUCUGCCAAGUCUAUUGAUGAUUUUACUGAGUCUGACGGCGAAGAGACGAAACAACUUAAACAAGAGGCAUCUCAAGCUGAGAAAGCCCCCGUCGAGAAAACAGUCCCGACCAAAACUACAUCAAAUCAUACCAGUGUUCCACGUGCUUCUCAGCCAUCAACCACCGAAGGCCACGAGGAAGCCCCAGAAGAACCUAACCCUACCGGAUUUUAUGGCAUGAUAGCAAAUGCCCUAAACUCUGCAGCUUCGGUAGCAGCAUCUCGUAUUCCCAACCCCUUUGGGCCCGUACCCGAAGGCGAGGAAGACUCAUCAGAUCUAUCCUCCGAGGAAGAUGACACCUCAUCAAUUCACAGCUUCCAUAGUAUAGAAAACGACAACAUCGACGAAAAUGACGCCACAUCCGCUAAACCAGCCGAAAGCUCAACCACACAACUGACCCCCUCCGUCACAAACGGCGCGGAAUCAACCCGUUCCACCGAUUCCCUCGCCGCGAAAUCCACAACCACGUCGACGCAACACGAGAAAGAACUCCGGAAACUAGAAGACCGUAAGCGGAAAGCUGAAGAAAAAUUACGUGUAGCGCAAGAGAAAGCACUUGCGAAGCGUGGUGUUAAUAACGAUGAAGAGCAACGCGAGGAAGCGGCCGUGCGUAAGUUACGCGAGAAACAUGACCGCGAAGUUACGCGCCAGCGUGAGAAGUACGAACGUGAACUUAAGAAACUCGAGGCUAAACGCGCAGGUGAAGCGCGGAAAGCUGAGGAGAAAAGGAGGAAAACGCUGGAGAAAGAGGAUAAGGCGAAUUUGGCGAUGGAGUUGGAUAAAGUACGUGCGGAGAGGGAUAUUGCGAGGAAACAGAUGGAGAUGCUUAAGGAGCAGGUUGGGGAGUUGCAAGCGCAGAAUACGAUGUUAGUUGCGAGAUUAGGCAGGGAGGGGGUGGGCGUUGGGGUUGGGGUUGGUGCGGAGAGUGAAGGGGAGAAUGGUGGGAGUAGUGCUGGGGGGAGUGAGAAAGGCGGGAGGCCGAGGAGGGGUGGGAGUAUUGGACCGGGGAUUAAGAGGGCUAUGACGGAUGGGUUGCCUAAGGGGGGUGUUGUUUGGGGAUGAAGUGAAAAGUCUGAGAAGUAUUUGUACACAAUGGUGAGAUAUUACUCGGGGUUUGGAUUUACAUUCGCGACGUAGCGAGCGAGCGCAUCGACUGGUCGCCUGGUUGGAUUCUACACUUUGGUUAUCUACCUAUCCGCCAGCAUAAGGCGACGAUGAACUAAUGACUAUAUAAGACCUUGGACAUGUAUUUCGAUCUGGUUGGCUU